GGCUUAUAUUGGUGUAGCGCAAACACCAGCGCCAAACUGGACAGGGUUUUCUCUCCACCGGAAAGGUUAGUGAUGGUUUUCCAGGAUUUCUUCGGUGGCAUGACGGAGAAAAUAAUGCCUUCGGUGAAGGCGUCGAGAGUGUCCACAUAGUCGAGCUCGGCAUUGCCGCCCAUGGUAAUCAUUUGGUACAUGUUUUUUAGGCGGGCGCUGAUGAUGUCGAAGCCUGUCUUGAAGCUCUCCUUACGUAAUUUGCGGAGUUCAUUGCACUUUUGUUUUGCAGCGUCGCGUGCGGAAACAGCGUUGGCGAGGUCAGACGAACGUGUUGCGUGCUCCUCGACACGCUUGCGGUAUUCGGCGAGAACAGAAAGAUCAACCUGUGUGUUUUCCUUCUUCUUCUCGAGGUGUGCGAUUUCAUCCUUGAGGACAGACUUAUCCUUCUCUAGUAGUUCGUCUUUGGAAUAUGAGGGAAGGCCUACGUCGCACUCUUGCUCCUCGCCCAAAUCACUGGAGAAGUUGUUAGAUAUGUCCUUAUGUUGGAAGGAUGAGAUGUACUUACGUCACGUUCUGAUAGGACAGCUUGCUCAACUUCUCGUGGAAGUAAGCCUGCUUCUUCUGAAACUCGCCGAGACUCUUCUGGCCCUCCUCAAGCUUGUUCCGCAUUUCAAUUUCUACGGCGCGGGUUUCGUUCAGCUCUACCCUCUUCUCAUCAAGCUCUUUCUUAACUGCUUGUAGUUCGUCCUUCCUUGACUCAAGUGUCUGUGAUAUUCAUUAGCUUGAGGUAUG